AUGGCCGCUCCGCCGCCGCCGCCGCUGCUCCUCGGGGCCCUGCUGGUGGCCCUGCUCCGGGGGGCCUCCUCCGCUCCCCAGCCCUUGGCCGCCCGGCCGGUGGAGGUGACGGUGGGGGUGCUGCUGCCGGGGCGCAACCUGCGCUUCCCCUGGGCCCGGCCGCGCGUCCAACCCGCCCUGAGCCUGGCCCUGGAGGCGCUGCAGCCCCAGCAGAGCCUCGCCGUCCGCACCGCCUUCUUCGACAGUGAGGACGGCGACGAGAGCGGCAACUGCAAAUUCGAAAUUACCCCUAGGGUAUCGUUCGAUAUUUUGGGGCGCCUCGGCGUCCCCAGCGUGCUGCUUGGAAUGGGCUGCCCCGUAGCAUUCUGGCUCGUGCACGUGCCGGCCGAUAUCGAGCGCUGGCAGCUGCUGCUCCUUAGAGCCGGCGUCUACCAGAGCGGAAUCAUCAAUCCCGCGAGGACGGUGUACGGCGGCCCGACGGGGCCCAACAUCAGCGCCUUCCUGGCCCAGCUGCUGGGGCACUUCAACUGGACCUCCCGGGCCGCCUUUGUCUUCAGUCAGGAGAAGAGGGAUCCUUGGCCAUCCAGUCCCUACCUGUGGGGCUUGGAGGAGGAGCUGGAGGACACCCCCAACUUCACGGCCCGCAUCCACCAACAUCAGCAGCCAGGCGAGACGGUCCGGUUCAUCCAGGCCAAUGGGCGAGUGGUGUAUAUCUUUGGGUCACUGGAAAUGAUGCAGAAAGUCAUGCACCUGGCGCAGGCUCAGAAAAUGACCACCGGUGACUACGUCUUCCUGUAUGUGGACAUUUGGGGGGAAAGCCUGAGAGCUGAGGGGCAUCGUGAGGCAGCCAAGCCCUGGCAGAGCAAGGAGGGCCAGGAUGCAGGAGGCCUCCGAGAGGCCUUCCAGACGGUGCUGGUGGUCACUCCCCAUGAGCCCCAGACCCCCGAAUACCGGCGUUUCCAGAGCCAGCUGAUCCUGCGUGCCCAGGAAAGAUAUGGUCUGGUAGUGAAUGACUCAUUGGGGACCCUGGUGGCCGGCUGCUUCCACGACGUGCUGCUGCUGUAUCUCAAGGCCCUGAACGAGACGCUGCAGGAAAGUGGAACCAUACGGAACACCAGCUGCAUCCUGGAGAAGAUGAGGGGCCUGAAAAUCCAGGGUGUCACUGGGACGGUGAGCCUCAACUGCGACUAUGAGCGAGAGACGGAUUUUGACCUGUGGGCCAUGAAGGAUGUGGAGACUGGAGAAUACCAGGUGGUGGGUCAUUACAUGGGAUCAGAGAAGUGGAUCAACUGGACUGGGCCCAUCCAUUGGAAGAAGGGGGGGCCUCCUCUCGACAAUCCACCCUGUGUCUUCGACAUGGAUGACCCCUCCUGUGGUAAGAGUGGGUGUGUCCAAGGAUCAGAGGGAUUUGAUCUCACUGGCCUGUCUGCAUUGGCCAUCCCUAAGCCCGCCCCUUUCAUCCCCUCUGCCACCUCCAGUGGUGAUCCGUCUGCCAGGCAGGACAACCCUAAGUAG